UGAUAGAAUCAUUCGAAUAAACAGCAACGAUGUCAAGAACAUUGAUCCUGUCGAAUUCAGAGAUAUCCUUCAAACGGAGCUGAGCAGCUCGAAGUGUUUCAAAUUUAGGAAAAGGACAUCAAUGACUUUAUGGCGCUGGAGUGGAGAGGAUAUAUCAGAGAUUUGCGUACAGUUUAGCUUUGAGACAAAGAAACAAGUUUCAAUAUCGACAAUUUCUUCUCAGCCAACCAGAGAGCAUGGUAAAUUAAAAAAGCAAAAUAGAUCAGCCAUUAAAAAAUUAAUUAAAGUGGAAGCCAAAACAGGGACCUUUGUGCGAUUUCAACCAGACACAGGGACCUUAAUAGGUGCAACAAUAAACAAGGACGACUUCAAGUUUUACUUGUUCAACUUCCAGUUUUACUCCUGUACAGUGAGGUGGUCUAAACAAACAGUUACAAGAGAAGUAUGCACCAUAAGUUGUCAAGCAGACGACCAAGCUUAUGACGUCGUAGGGGACUUCGACACCAAAGAACUUAUUUUAAGGCCUCAACAGCCCAUUUCAAUAGAACACCCGGACGAGAGAUUUUUCAUUUACUACGAGAUUGGUGAGACAGGGGACAAAGUGUUUGAGCUUCUUUUGUACCCAAAUCAAUGUAUCAAAUACAGCAGUGCUAAACAAUGUCUUGAACUGGAAGAAUUAGGAAUGUCAAAAUCAAAGUCCAAGAGAUCAUUCAUUAAUCCAAAGACUCAAUUUCAGUUUGAGCCACAAACCUCUCUGGAGGAAACUGAAGUUAGGAAGUAUGUCAAGUCUCACAAAUAUGGUCUUUGCUGCUUUAGUUCAACAGAGGAAAACAAUCAGGGGCCAUAUCUGGAUGGUAUAAAGCCAUGUAAUGAGUUCAAAUUGAAAAGUGAAGAGGAUGUAAAAACUGAAUUAUCAAUGGAGUCUGGAAAUGGGGAUGAAAUAGAUGCAUGCAUAUCAAUUACAUCUUUGACGAGAGAUAUCUAAGACUUCAUAUUCUUUUUUCUAAUUUGCCUCUGAAUACCAUGACUGUGUCUUUUUACAUUACAAUUACAUGGAAUCAAAGUAACAAGUAAGAAAGAUCAAAUUGUUUAUUAAAUGCUCCAAUAUCAUGUUUUAACAUUCAUCCUAUAAC